AUGAAAUUUGUUAUUGGUUUGGCCAUUUUAUUGGCAAUAGGCAGUUGUGCCUCAUUCUUGGAAGAACAAUAGCCAAUGGAAAAUAAAAUCUAUAAGAUAAAACUUGAAAGAACAGAAUUUUAGGCUAAAAAGUCAUUAUUUGAUUUCAUUACAACAAGCUAAUAAUACAGAAAUUCUGAAGACUUUUUAGAUGGAUCAGAUUUAGCAAUGACAUAAACAAAAUAGAAAGAAUCUAUAAAAUUGUAUAAUUUUAAGAAUACUCAAUAUACAGGAGAAAUCGGAUUGGGUGGUUAGGAUAACAAAUUUAAGGUAAGAAUUGAAAUGAAUAUAGGUUAUUUUCGAUACAGGAUCUGCCAAUAUAUGGUUGAAUUCAGCUAGAUGUAAUGAUUAUGGAUGCAAAAAUCAUAAAUAAUAUGAUGGAUCAAAGAGUUCUACAUAUGAACAUUUAGGAUAUGAUUUGGAUGUAGAAUUUGGUACUGGUGAAUUGAUGGGAGAAGUAAGAAUUUAGAUUAAUUAAUAGAUUAAUGCUGAUACAGCAUAUGUAGGUGGAGUGAAGAUAGCAAAAUAAGAAUUUGCUGAAAUAGUAAGAGAGAAUGGUGAUGUAUUUGCUUAAUCUGAUUUUGAUGGUAUUGUUGGAUUAGCAUAUCCUUCAAUGGCUGCAUAUAAUUUCAACCCAUUAUUUGAUAAUAUAAUGUCAUAGAAAUUGUUGGACAGAAAUGUGUUUUCUUUCUAUUUUUCAAGAUAAGAAGGUUCAAGAUCAUCAGAAUUAACUUUUGGUGGUUGGGAUACUGAUCACUUUUAAGGAGAAUUACAUUUUCAUAAUGUUGUUAAUAAAUAUUAUUGGUUAUUGGAGGCUGAUAAUAUUUUAGUGAAUGGAUAAGAUUUAGGAUUAUGUAAACAUGGGUGCAAAGUAGUUGCUGAUACUGGUACAUCAUUAUUGACAGGACCAUCAGAUGAUUUAUAUGAUUUAUUAGGUAUUAUUUAAUUCAAUGAAUUUAUUAGACACAUUAAAUAUUGAUGAAAAUUGUAAAAAUGCAAGAGAUUUACCAAAAUUAACAUUUGUAUUAGAUGGAAUUAAUUAUGAUUUGGAUGCUAAUGAUUAUGUUAUGAAAAUUGAUUCUUAAGGAAAUGAGAUUGCUUAUGAUACUUUUGCAAGUGUUGAUAGCUUUGUAGAAAUGGGAGGUAAUUGCUAAUGUGUUGGAUCCUUCAUGCCUUUAGAUAUUCCUUCACCUCAAGGUCCAGCUUGGAUUUUAGGAGAUACAUUCUUAAGCAAGUUUUAUUCAGUAUAUGACAGAGACAAUGAUAGAGUUGGAUUUGCUAGAGCAAAAUGAUAUAUAAAUGAUAUAUAUUAAUAUAUUUCUAUCAAAAAAUAUAA